AUGAAGAUGAAGGACCACCGUAACAAAGAGGUUGCCACGAUAGAGGAGUCCUCGCAGGUACGAUCGAGUGAAGACGUAGGAUCCCCAACCGCGAAAGUACUCGAAGUGCAGGAAGAGAAAAUGGCAAGUCGUUCAGCCACCACAACGUCCCGCGUAAAGUCGUCUGCAGCAGCACAGGAUGCCCUGGAAUCGAAAAAGGCCACCACGAGAACGGAUCGUAUCAUCUCUAUGCCCCUGAAAGGCAUCUUGACCCCGUCCAAGCGGGACGGUACGCCAAGGAGAAGCAAGAGCGUCGCCUUUGACUCGUCUAAUGCUCAGGAUACAGAGGAGGUUUUCUUCGAAGAUCUUCCAAUUAAGUCUGCGACCAAAUCCGGCGGAGGUGGGAAGCCACCGCAGAAGCUUGCGAGUACGAAAACAACAGCGAAAAACCCCGUCAAGCCACGAAAAGCGCUUGCAAAGAUGAUCGAGGAAGGGCCGACGGCGGAGGAAACCGAGUCACAAGAAGAGGAACAGGCGGCUGCGGAGAAGUCAGACGAAGACGAGGACGAGGACGUCUGCCUGAUAUGCUCAAAACCGGACUCCAAGGCUGGAAACCAGAUUAUGUUUUGCGAUGGCUGCGAUAAGGCCUACCACCAAAAGUGCUACAAAGUCCCUAAAGUUCCCCGUGGCGACUGGUACUGUAACGAGUGCCUUGACCAAAAACAAUCGCGAGCGGCGGCUGCGGAUGAGGCGGUCAAGAUACCCAACUUCCAGCAGCACUUGAGUAAACUGAAAAGGGUGCUACUGGAUCGUUGUACUGGGCGCAGACGAAUCAAGCUGAUUGACCAGGAUGAUGCCAUGAAGAAAGCACACCAAGUGGUCGAGCAGACGGUAUUAUCGGGAGAAGGGAACUCGAUGCUCAUCAUUGGCGCCAGGGGGGGGCUGUUGUCAGCGUUCUAG